CCCAGUUUGUCCAAUGAGUGAUAAGAAUUUCCAGUGCAAUGCUUACCAUGCUUUCUCCAUGGACUGCCCUUAUGUUAGUACUGAUGGUAGGGGCCUGGGCCGCCUGGACCACUGUUUAUCUCAUCCGUUCAAUUCGAGGGAAAGAGAAGUGGGCCACCAUGGCCCGAACCACCGAUUGGCUCCCUCCCGGUCCCCGGGGACUUCCCAUACUGGGGAGCCUCCUCAACUUGGGCGACCUUCCUCAUCGUACACUCCAUAAACUAGCCAUGGAGUAUGGCCCGAUCAUGCACAUGCAGCUGGGCCAAGUUCAGAACAUCAUCGUCUCAUCCCCACAAGCAGCCCAGCUGUUCCUCAAGACCCACGAUCUUAUCUUCGCGAGUAGACCAGUCACUGAAGUUAGCCAAUACAUCUACAAUCGGAAGGCGGUGACCUUCUCCCAGUACGGCGCGUACUGGCGGAACCUGCGCAAAUUAUACACUAUCGAGCUGCUUAGCAGCCUCAAGAUCGAGUCGUUCAAGCCCAUGCGGAGAGAAGAGGUGGGCCUCCUUGUGCAAUCGCUCAAAGACACUGCCAAGGCCGGCAUAGCAGCCGACCUUACUGCCAAGGUGGCAGCCCUGAGCACGGACAUGACUUGUAGGAUGCUGCUAGGCAAGAAGUAUAUAAAUGAGAGUUUCGAUGAGGGGGUGUUCAAAGGAGUCGUCGAGGAGUUCAUGCACUUGUUGGGGGUUUUCAACAUUUCUGAUUACGUCCCUUACACGAGGGUGCUCGAUCUCCAAGGGCUGGGACGCCGGAUGAAGGAGGUCCACAAGGUCUUUGACCGAUUCUUUGAGAAGAUCAUCGAUGAGCAUGUACAAGAGAGAGAUGCACGUCAGCCGGACUUUGUUAACUUCAUGUUGUCCUUCAUGGAAUCCAACGACUGUGAAUUCCAUUUCGAUCGGACCAACAUCAAAGCCAUAUUAAUGGAAAUACUUGUGGCUGCGCUAGACACAACAUCAAUUACGAUCGAGUGGGCGCUCUCAGAGCUCCUCAGGAAUCCACGUGUGUUGAAGAAGGCCCACCUAGAGUUAGAGAACAUCAUCGGCCUGGACCGAGAAGUGGAAGAAUCGGACCUGGCAAAUUUGGAGUACUUGAACAUGGUGGUCAAGGAAGCCAUGAGGCUUCACCCAGCUGCCCCACUGCUCAUCCCUCAUGAGGCCAUGGAAGACUGCACCGUUGAUCGCUUCCACAUACCCAAAAAAUCCCACAUAAUCAUAAACGCAUGGGCCAUUGGUCGGGACCCAAAUUCAUGGUCCAACCCUGAAGAAUUCUAUCCGGAGAGGUUUAUCGGCACUCAUAUAGACGUCAGGGGCCAAGAUUUCCAACUUCUACCUUUUGGGUCUGGACGCAGAGGUUGCCCAGGGCUGCAACUGGGCCUCACGGCAGUCCAGUUCGUGCUGGCCCAGUUAGUGCAUUGCUUUGAUUGGGAGCUUCCAAACGGCAUGUCACCAACUGACUUAGACAUGACCGAAAAAUGUGGCAUUGUGACAGCUAGGAUCAACCAUCUGUGGGCCAUUCCAGCUUAUCGCCUAAAACACUGAUGUUUUGAUAAUGAAGAUCAUAGGCCGCUCAUAUCUUGAUAUGAUGUAUACAAGGGCCCACUUUCAUAUUGUAAUUGAUGGAACAUGUAUGUGAUAGAA